UUUUUUUUUUUUUUUUUAAAUAAAUAAACCUACCACUCACUCGGCUUGUUGUGCCUCGGAGCCGGCCGGCUUUGUCUCGCGACGCGGGCGUCUAUAAAUGGACUAAAAACAGUAUCGCAGUCGACCUGUUCUCAGUACCCUGGAUCUCAUUACUAAAGAAUGGCUGCUAACAUGUAUCGAGUGGGAGAUUACGUGUACUUCGAGAACUCCUCCAGCAACCCGUACCUGAUCCGCAGGAUAGAAGAGCUCAACAAGACAGCUAAUGGGAACGUGGAGGCCAAGGUGGUGUGUCUCUUCAGGAGACGAGAUAUCUCGGGCAACCUCAACACUCUCGCCGACAGCAAUGCAAGGGAAUUCGAGGAGGAGUCCAAGCAGCCGGCGCUGGCAGAACAGCAGAAGCACCAACUCAAACACAGAGAACUCUUCCUCUCGCGACAGUUUGAAUCGCUACCCGCCACUCAUAUCAGGGGCAAAUGUAAUGUCACCCUCCUCAAUGAAACGGAUGUCUUAGCAGGAUACCUAGAGAAAGAGGACUGUUUCUUCUAUUCGCUGGUGUUCGACCCGGUCCAAAAGACCCUGUUGGCCGACCAGGGAGAGAUCCGAGUGGGCUCCAAGUACCAGGCAGAGGUCCCUGACAAGCUAACGGAGGGUGAAUUGGACAGCCGGAUCCAGGAGAAGCUGGAGACCAAGGUGUGGGACCCCGACAACCAACUCAAAGACCCCCAGAUUGACCAGUUCCUGGUGGUGGCAAGAGCUGUCGGGACGUUCGCUCGAGCCCUGGACUGCAGCAGCUCCAUUCGGCAGCCGAGCCUGCACAUGAGCGCGGCGGCGGCCUCGCGAGACAUCACGCUGUUCCAUGCCAUGGACACGCUGCAAAAGAACAAUUACGACCUGGCCCAAGCCAUGGCCACGCUGGUGCCCCAGGGGGGUCCCGUGCUCUGUCGCGACGAGAUGGAGGAGUGGAGCGCCUCCGAGGCUAUGUUGUUUGAAGAAGCGUUGGAGAAAUACGGCAAAGACUUCAAUGACAUCCGUCAGGACUUUCUCCCUUGGAAGUCUUUAGCCAGUGUGGUCCAGUUCUACUACAUGUGGAAAACUACAGACCGCUACAUCCAGCAGAAACGACUAAAGGCAGCGGAGGCGGACAGUAAACUGAAGCAGGUCUACAUCCCCACCUACACCAAACCCAACCCCAACCAGAUCAUGGUGCCGGGCAGCAAGCCCGGCAUGAACGGGGCUGCGGGCUUCCAGAAAGGACUCAACUGCGAGAGUUGUCACACGGCCCAGUCGCCUCAGUGGUACGCCUGGGGGCCCCCCAACAUGCAAUGCCGACUGUGUGCCUCCUGCUGGAUCUACUGGAAAAAGUACGGCGGCUUGAAGACCCCUACGCAGCUCGAGGGCGCCGCGAGAAUUGGCUCUGAAUCGGGGCCCCGCAGCCACAUGACCCGCCAGGAGGUCCAAGGCCUGUCGCCGUUUACCCGCAACGAGGGCCGCGCCAAGCUACUGGCCAAGAACCGCCAGACGUUCAUCCUGCAGACUACCAAGCUAACGCGCGUGGCCCGGCGGGUCUGCCAGGACAUCCUGCAGCCUCGGCGGGCAGCGCGCCGGCCGUACGCCUCCAUCAACGCCAACGCCGUCAAAGCUGAGUGUAUGAUCCGGUUGCCCAAAGCGACAAAAACUCCUCUAAAGAGCAAGUUGGUCCCCCGGCCGUCGCUGGCAAACAUUGUGAAGGAUUUAGCCAUCUCGGCUCCUCUCAAGCUGAAGGCGUCCAGGGGACCCCCGACGCCCAUCAACAGGAACCAGGCCAGCCAGCCUCGGGUGGGCCCGGGCCUGCUGGGAAAGAGGGGCUUCGACGGCGCCACAGGAAUGCCCUACUCGGCCAACGGCAGGUCGUACACUUCGGGCAUGAGGACCACCUCCCAGUCCGUCAUCAAGCGUCAGAAGGUCAGCCAGGGAGAAGCACCUAACCCUGUUGUGUUCGUGGCCACCAAGGACACCAGGGCUCUGAGGAAACAUCUGACUCAGUCCGAGAUGCGCCGGGCCGCUCGGAAACCUCACCUUCCUGUCCGGAUCAAGCUGCCGCCGCCGCCCCCUCGCCCGCUGGCCGUUCCCCUGCUCCCCUCCAGCACCAGCGAGCCCAUCGUCCUCGAGGAUUGAAUGGCGAGGGGGGCGUUUCUUUUAACGGGACGGGGCUCUGUGUCCAUAGCCUCGUCUUUUAUUUCCCCAUUUUUUGUUGUCCCCCACCAAUUAAUAUUUCCAACACACACUGACAUUCACACAACAGCUCAGGCUUUGUAGGAUUUUAUUCCAGGUCCUGAAUUAUUUUUUAACGCCACCUACUUUUAAAUGUGUAAUUUAAGGCAGAGAUAUUUUCUCUUCUCCUCCCUGAAACGUUUUUAAACGAUGAAGCACAUGACGUGUAAAUGUGUGUGUCGUCGCUGUAGGUGCCCAAAAUGGAGGGCUGAAGCUUUAACAACUCAAACUGGUUUUUGGCGGUUUCAACUCCCCACCCCGCAUCUUCCUGUCACCUGGUUUUUAAUAAUGAAGUCCUGCACUUUGACACUUCCAUUUUUGGAUGUCACAAACACAGGCAAGCACAAAACAACUUUUAUGCUUUUUUAAAAAUUAUUCCCCAAAAAUCCAGCCAAAUAUCCAGAAUGUUUUGUGUUUCUACACCCAUUUUGUCCAAUAUGAAAUCAUAAAGCUGAACUGUAAAAUUAAACACACAUACACGGGCUUGUUUUGUGCUUGCUUGAACAGUUAGUGCCGCCACUAAAUUGUUCAAGACCCUCAACUCUCAUUCACUAUCCCAUUUUAAACCCCCCCCCCCCCCCCCCCAAUACCUUUUUAAUAAAAGCAUAAUUGGAUCAUCAUAAUUUCCGAGUUCCACGGCACUUGAGGGUUGCAAGGAUUUUGUUUUCAAAAGCCCAAUGUGGGCUUUAUUGUUCUCAACACAAAAAUAAUUGUAGCAAAUAGUAGUCAGUGUAAAGAAAAGGCAAUUAAAUGACUGGGAUAUUGGAAACCUUUUCUUUGUUCCCAAACUGAAGUGCAUCACUGAGCCCCAUGAUCGUGGCAAAUGUACGUGAGGGAAACAUGGCUGGCUCUACUUCAUUUGGUGGGGGGGGGCCGAUCAUGUGAACAUUCAAUUGUACUUUUUGUAAUGGCAGCGAGAGAAAUAUGCGACAAACUUUUUCUCAAGUGUUUUUUUAUUCCUGCGUCUCUGUAUCCUGUAAUGUCUCUUGAUAAGAAAAGAAAUAAAGUUUUUUUUUUUUUUUUUC